CAUCACGUCAUGCUUGUCGGUAUAUAUCAGCUGUGAGACUGAGUGAACAAUGCUUUCACGAUGGGUCGCAGGUGUUGGUUUCGUGGCUGUAAAAGUUCAGGUAACGUUACGUUGCAUCGCUUUCCCCGCGAUGCCGCCAGGGCUAAACUCUGGUUGGAGGCGCUUCGCCUUCCGUUAUCUACCGACACAUCAAAAAUGUUUGUGUGUAGCAAUCAUUUUUCUCGGGAGAGCUACGAGAGCUGGAAAAAGGUCGAAUUCGAACUUGUUGAUCAACGCAGUUUGCGUUUGAGGAGUGAUGCGGUACCAUGUCGAGAGGGAUUUUCUGCCCCUUCAGAGGUGAAUCAACUUAAAAGGCCACUUGAGGAAGAAGCUCUUACUAACUCUUGCCCCUCGAAAAAGCCCAGAAGAGAGGCUGAUGACAGCAACUGCUAUGAUGAGAGUACUUUAAAUGCAACACCACCCCAUAAAAUGAGGAAGUUCAUUGUUUAUGAGGAGAACCUCAUGGAGCUGUUCAAAAACUGCCCUGCCUGCUUAAAACCCUGUUCAAUACAGAGAACAGAAGUGGGAACACUUGUGCAUGUUUACCAGACCUGUCCUCACUGUCACCAUCGCAAGCAUUGGUCCAGCCAGCCCUAUGUCAAGAACAAACCAGCUGGAGAUCUGGAGCUUGCUGAUGCUGCUAUGCUCUUAAGUGGGUCGUCCUUCUUGCAAGUGUCCAAAUUCAUGCAGGCAUUAAAUAUUCAGGGGUUUUGUCCCACAACAUGCCAGGCCUUCCCAUCCCCUGCAACCAACUGGCAGUGGAAACCACAUCAAAAUACCAUUAAUGCAGAAGCGCUCCAAGAAAGGGAUGAAGUUCUAAGUGUGAACAUGUGUGCUGACUCCCCAGCAUACAGUGCAAAGUAUGGACCAUACUAUGGACCUCAGAGCAAACAAGAUCAUGCACAUUCAGCUCAUUCAGGCACUAACCAGAUGAACAUCAGCGGUAACGGUAUGCCCGAACAGACGAACCUUCACACAGAUUCCUCUUUCCCCUCAUCCCUCAACAAUCAGAUGAUGCCAGACGGGUCGAACAUGGGCGACACUGUAUAUCCCUACAGAGUUCAAGCCAGAUUCCAAACCCCAAAUCCUGCAGCACUGAAGGACAGACACAUGGAGAACUGGGUCGUUUAUGCACAUAAGGUGGAAGGGAACAUGUACGAGUCUGCCAACAACAGGAUGGGUCUUGCAUUUGCUAACGGCCCAUUCGGGCAGCAGUAUGCACAGGGUUCGGUCCAGCAGAUGUCCAGCGCUGGAUUAAACGCUCAGAUACAAAACAAGGCAGCUCUUCCCAACAGCCUCCAGCCCACCCUGAAGGGUGCUUCCAGUGUGCCAAAUAUGCUGCAGCAGCAGGUGCCCUCGGUGGGCAUGGUCCCGGGACAGGGGGUGUCGACGGGCCCCACGGCCGACCCGGAGAAGCGCAAACUGAUCCAGCAGCAGCUGGUUCUGCUGCUUCACGCCCACAAGUGCCAGCGGCGAGAGCAGGCCAACGGUGACGUGCGCGCCUGCGCCCUGCCCCACUGCCGCACCAUGAAGAACGUCCUCAACCACAUGACCCACUGCCAGGCGGGGAAGUCCUGCCAAGUGGCUCACUGCGCCUCGUCUAGACAGAUCAUCUCGCACUGGAAGAACUGCACCCGGCACGACUGCUCCGUCUGUCUGCCCCUGAAAAACGCCAGCGACAAGAGAAACCAGCAGCGCACUAACCAGAUGAACAUGGGUGGUAACGGUAUGAAUGAUCAGACGAACCUUCACACCGAUUCCUCUCUCCCCUCAUCCCUCAACAAUCAGAUGAUGCCUGAUGGGUCGAACAUGGGCGGCACGGGGAACCUGCCCACAGCUGCGCCACUGUCAAUGCCUGGCAUGAAGAAGCCCUGGCACGAGCACGUCACUCAGGACUUGAGGAAUCACCUAGUGCUCAAACUAGUUCAAGCCAUAUUCCCGACCCCAGACCCUGCAGCACUGAAGGACAGACGCAUGGAGAACUUGGUCGCUUAUGCACGUAAGGUGGAAGGGGACAUGUACGAGUCUGCCAACAGCAGGGAUGAGUAUUACCUCUUUCUGGCUGAGGAGAUCUAUAAGAUCCAGAAGGAGCUGGAGGAGAAGAGAAAGUCCAGGCUGUCGAAGCCUCAAAUGGGUGCUCAGGGUCCUCAGCAGCCUGGCCUUCCCCAGCCCAACACUAUGGGACCUGGACAAGCCAUCCGGCCUCCGAAUGGACCUGUUCCUAUGUCCAAUGUGCCAAACCAGUUGAUGGCCCGGAUGCAGGUCCCUCAAGGGAUGGGCCAGUUCAACCCGGUGACCAUGCAGAGCAUGCAGAUGUCCCAGUCACCGGUGGGAGCUCCCCGGGCUGCGUCCCCUAUGACCCACCCCCCUCAGAUGGGCAUGGGUAACGUUCCAGCGAUGAGCAUGUCUCCCUCCAGGAUGCAACAGGCACCAGCAAUGAUGGGAGGCCAUGUUGGCAACAUGGUGGGCCAGACGCAAAACCAGAACCAGUUCAUGAACCAGACGUUCCCACCCUCAGGCGGGGGCAUGAAUAUGAAUGUAAACCUGGCUCAGCAGUCGGGACAGACUGUCCCACAGCAGCAGCAGCAGCAGAACCCUAACCUGACCCUGAAUCCUGUGGGCCCUCUUGGCACCCGGUCCACCAUGUGCUUCACCCCUCCUCCGCCCUCCGCCUCCACCCCGUCAGCUGCCGCUAGCCUACAGACACUCCAGACCCAGCCUUCCACGCCGGCCUCAGUCGGGGGCCACGUCACGCCCACUCACAUCCCCAGCGGCUUGCCCCGCCCUCCCUCAGCCCUGGGCUCCUCCCCUGCCCACUCCCAGCCGCUCACGCCCCUGCAGCCCCAGCCCGAGCCCUCCCUGCAGAUGCAGCAGCCCACCUCUGUGCAAGCGCAGCAGCCCCGCACUCCGGAUGACGAUGUCAAACCUCCUCAAGUAAAAGAGCAGCCAGAGUCUGUAGAACCUAAACAAGAACCGAUGGAGACGGAGGAGAAGAAACCAGAGAUAAAGACCGAGCCGAAAGAGGAGGACGUGUCCAGCAACGCAGCAUCCGGUCAAUCUGCCCAGUCGCGCAAGAAAAUUUACAAGCCAGAGGAGCUCAGACAGGCGCUGAUGCCAACACUAGAAGCUCUGUAUCGUCAAGACCCAGAGUCCUUGCCCUUCCGCCAGCCGGUGGAUCCCGCUCUACUGGGCAUCCCGGACUACUUUGACAUUGUAAAGAACCCAAUCGAUCUCUCCACCAUCAAGAGGAAGCUGGACACGGGGCAGUACCAGGAGCCCUGGCAGUAUGUUGACGACAUCUGGCUGAUGUUCAACAAUGCCUGGCUCUACAACCGCAAAACAUCUCAAGUGUACAAGUACUGCUUGAAGCUGUCCAAGGUGUUUGAGCAGGAAAUUGACCCCGUCAUGCAAAGUCUGGGGUACUGCUGUGGGCACAAGUACGAGUUUUCACCUCAGACGCUCUGCUGCUAUGGCAAACAGCUCUGUACUAUCUCCAGAGAUGGCACAUACUAUAGCUACCAAAACAGGUAUCACUUCUGCGAGAAGUGCUUCAACGAGAUUCAGGGCGACAGUGUCACCCUGGGAGAUGACCCAGCCCAGCCGCAGACUAUGAUAUCAAAGGAGCAGUUUGAGAAGAAGAAAAAUGACAUGUUGGACCCUGAGCCCUUUGUUGAAUGUAAAGACUGUGGCCGGAAGAUGCAUCAGAUCUGCGUACUACAUUAUGACGUCAUUUGGCCAACAGGUUUCAUCUGUGACAACUGCCUGAAGAAGUCAGGGAAAACAAGAAAGGAAAACAAGUUUUCUGCUAAAAGGUUACAGUGCACGAGACUGGGCUCGUACAUCGAGGACAGAGUGAACAAGUACUUGAAGAGGCAGAAUCACCCUGAGGCCGGAGAGGUGUUUGUGCGGGUGGUCGCCAGCUCUGAUAAGACCGUGGAGGUCAAACCUGGGAUGAAAUCUAGGUUUGUUGACUCAGGAGAGAUGGUAGAAAGCUUUCCCUACAGAGCCAAAGCACUUUUUGCAUUUGAGGAGAUUGACGGAGUGGAUGUGUGUUUCUUCGGCAUGCACGUCCAGGAAUAUGGAUCUGAAUGUCCCUUUCCUAACACCAGACGGGUAUACAUAUCAUAUCUUGACAGUAUUCACUUCUUCAAGCCUCGAUUGCUAAGAACUGCAGUUUACCAUGAAAUACUCAUUGGUUAUUUGGAGUAUGUUAAGAAACUAGGGUAUGUGACUUGUCAUAUCUGGGCCUGCCCACCUAGUGAAGGUGAUGACUACAUCUUCCACUGUCACCCUCCUGAUCAGAAGAUUCCCAAGCCUAAAAGACUGCAGGAGUGGUACCGCAAAAUGCUGGACAAAGCCUUUGCAGAAGGAAUCCUCCAUGACUACAAGGACAUAUUUAAGCAGGCCAUCGAGGACCGGCUUACAAGUGCCUAUGAGCUGCCAUAUUUUGAGGGUGAUUUUUGGCCCAAUGUUUUGGAGGAAAGCAUCAAGAUGUUGGAGCAAAAGGAGGAGGAGAGGAAGAUGGAGGAGAAUACAACCUCCUCUGAGAUAACAGAGGGAACCCAAGCUGACAGCAAGAACGCCAAAAAGAACAACAAUAAAAAGACCAACAAAAAUAAGAGCAGUGUGAGCCGCGCAAGCAAAAAGAAGCCUGGGAUGCCAAAUGUAGCUAAUGAUCUGUCCCAGAAGCUAUAUGCAACAAUGGAGAAGCACAAAGAGUUCUUCGUGAUCCACCUGCAUGCUCGUCCACUGAUCAAUAGCUUGCCUCCAAUAAUGGAACCAGACCCGAUGCUGACCUGCGAUCUGAUGGAUGGUCGAGAUGCCUUUCUGACACUGGCCAGGGACAAACACUGGGAGUUCAGUUCCCUACGCCGCUGCAAAUGGAGCAGUAUGUGCAUGCUGGUGGAGCUACACAAUCAGGGCCAAGACAGAUUUGUGUACACUUGCAACGAGUGCAAGCACCACGUAGAGACACGCUGGCAUUGCACCGUUUGUGAGGACUUUGAUCUAUGCAUUAACUGCUACAAUGCCAGGGACCAUGAGCACCAAACGGUGAGGUGGGGUUUUGGCCUGGACAACGGCAGCAACAACCAUGGAGGCAAAGCCAACAACCUUCAAGCUUCGAAGGUUGCAAAACAAAUAAAGAUGAUGACCAAAGUUCAGCAGCAGCAGCAGCAACAACAACAACAGCAACAACAACAGCAGCAGCAGCAGCAAGGCUACAGGAUGAGUGUGAACAGCAUGCAUAUUAACCAACCUUGCAAGAUGACUCCCAUGCAGAUGAUGGCCCCUCAUGGCCCUCAGAUGGUUCAGAACAUGCAGCCUGGCCAGUGGCCAGCUAGGAUGCAAGGGUCCAUGCAGAAUCCGCAGGCACCUCUGCUGCAGCAAGUGCCACUGCAGCAGAUGGCCAUGGCCCCGCAGCAGUCUCAGGUAGUGCAGACGCCUCAACAGGCGCAGAUGAUGCAGCACGCCAUGAUGCAGCAGCAACAGCAGCAGCAGUUUUGGCAGAUGCAGGCCAUCAUACCUCCCCAGCAGGCACAACCACAGGCCCCACAGCAACAAGGCAUGCAGCAAAGAGGGGUGGCCAGGAGCGCUGCAGGACCUGCUGCAAGAUGCCUGGGAUACAGAAAGUAGCUAUCUAGAAGCCCGUUCUAUUUGCCACAGGAGUUUCACUAGUUCAUUUUUGUGAGUGUUUACAUUCCUCCGCAAACUAAUGUCAGGUCAGCUUUACGGAACCUCACUGAUCAGAUCACGGAGACAGAACAACAACACCUGGACUUUGUUUUAAUCAUUCUCUAGGGCUUUAGUAAAGCAAAUCUUUCAUGUGAACUGCCAAAAUACAGCUUGUUACAUGUCCCACCAGAUACCGUAAUAUACUAGAUCACUGUUACACAGCAAUAAAAGAUGCAUAUCACUCCCACAGCUUUAAAGCUAAUACCAAAAAUGCUAAACCGUCUCUAGGUUACGUAUGUAACCCUAGUUCCUCGAGGGAAUGAGACACUG